AUGCUUUACUCCACGUUGCAACUUGGUAUGAUUUUAUUAUUUUUUUAUUUUUGUUUCUUCUUUCAGAUGAGAAUUGCAUCCAUAGAUUUUAGUAUAGAUUUGCUAUUUUCCCAUGAGGAUGUUAACCGUUUGGUUAAUAAAGUACAUGAGUUGUGCGCUGAAAACAACUUUUCCAUUUUUAUAUUAAUCGGAUCUUAUUUAAAUAAUUAUAAACUAUUUAGAGACAUGGGAAUCUUCUUUUAUACCAAUGACGUGAACAAGGAUGAUUUAAUUAACGCCUUGUUUAUGAAUGAAGACAUAAAACUUUCCAAGAAAGGAUGCAAAACUAUAACCUGGGGAAAUGAUUCGAAAAUAUUUGACACCUUCCAAAUUAACAAUGAGUGCUACUCCCGAAAAAGAUUAGAGUAUUUUUUAUCUGAGUAUUUUUUUUCACAUGGCUGA